CUGUAUUCCCAGCUUGCAAUCUUACGCAGCAAUGAGGUACCACGAGACAUUUUGGCAUGACUCAAGACGUCCCUACACCAAAAGCCGUGAUUGGUAGGGCCACGACAGCUUUAACGCCAAGAGACCAAGCAAGGCAAGCCCCUGCAUCUUACCCUCAACGUGCCUGGAGUCCUCAAAGAUGGGAUUUCUCCACUUUCUGGAUCUAGUCCGGGUCUGGAACCCCCCACAAAUGUAUCCCUAUGCGAUGAGCUAGAUCUUGUUUCGCAUUUACUUUUCUUUUUCUAUUUCUAUAUCUCGAAUUCCCCUUUCCCGAAGCACCACGGCAUAUAUUGGAGUUGGUGAUCGACGGUCUGAGGUGCCCGUUGCACGAGCCCAACAGAACAGAAUACGAAUCCGUUGACGAAUACCCCACCUUUGGUUUUCUCUUCGUGAAGGACUCGUCAGGCAUGCGGACAACCACCGGAACUCAGGUCAAUGUCGGCCGGAAAUACAAAUCGAGGAAGGAAAGACCAUGUGAUGCGUGCCGAAAAAGGAAGAUAUGUUGCACAAGAGACGCAUUUGAAAAGGACUGUUCACUCUGCAGAACCAGAGGGGAGACUUGCAAAUAUAUUUUGCCACCUAAUGUCAGGAGGAAUCGACCGCCAACUGCGAGGCCAAGGGAAUCGAUGAGCAGCCCUUCGUCGACGAGCUCGAUUCCUCCCCGUCCUAUUCAGUCAUGUGCUGUUGGCACAGGAUCAGUACCCAGGAAGACUGCUCCGAGUGAGUGGAUUUGCCAAUUUGUGGGAUUGAGUGGUGACCAGGAUCCUUUCGUAUUGAGACAUUGCUCCUUCAAUCACUUGAACUGUUACAAGGCGCCUGAAUGGGCGAUUUUGAGAGUAAAAGGGGAGAAUGAAAUACCCUUACACUUCACGGUCGUUCCAGACAGUCAUCUCGAUGCCCACCCGGAUUAUUAUCCCAAGACAGACACUGAAUCCGUUGUCGCGCCUCAUGCAGACGAACUUCUUCAGACCUACUUCGAUGUCAUUCACGUGUCGUACCCCCUUUUAGAUCCCGCUCGCUUCAACUCGAAGCCACAAACGGGAGAUCCUCUUCUAGCUAUCAUGUACAACCUCGCCAGUCCCUUUUGUCGAGAUGGCCCGCCGUUCUUCCAAGAGCUCUCUGACUUUGCUCACCAAGUUCUGCCCAUCGAGAGACGGCACCCACGUCUCGAGACCAUCGAAGCCUCGCUCCUCCAUCUCCAAUGCCACAGCACUAUCCAUCAAGCACCCAUGCUUCCAAGCCUCUGGAGUGACAUCGGCUCUUUAGUCGGCAUGGCCCACGACCUCGGGCUCAAUUUGGACCCCACAGCCUGGUCACUCACCCCUUCAGACUCGAAUCGCCGCAUUCGGAUAUGGUGGGCCCUCUACAUCCAAGACAAAUGGAGUGCUCUCGGUCUUGGCCGCCCUUCUUACCUCAAUGAGGAACAUUGCAACGUGCCUCUGCCGACUGUUGAGAAUUUCUCGCACACCUCCCUUCAUAACCAACCUCUCUCACUUACACCUGCAAUUCAAUUCGUUGCCAUGGCCCACCUUACUGCCAUUCUCUCGGAUAUAUUGAAUACUUUCUAUACCUUGAAAGCGAUGGAGCGAUUCAAGCUCCUCCCGCUCGAAGUGAUAUUUUCCAUUCUCGACGAUUUCCAGAGGAGAUUAGCGGAAUGGAAUGAAGAGCAUCUUUGUCAGUUGUUCAAUGUAAACACCUUGCUGGACAGCAGCGGGAGCGUGGUACUCGCGUUCCAUACUUGUGAGAUUGUGCUUUUCAGAGCUGUGUUGAGGUGUUUGCCUAUGGGCAGUCCCGGAUACGAUGGCGUGAGGGAACAGAGUAAGGCAAGCUUGAUGCAUAUCGUGGAGUUCGUUGAGAAGUUGAAUGUGAGCAGAUUAAGGGCGUUUUGGUGGAGUCCCAUGACACGCAUCAACUUCGCCCUCGCAGGAACAUUCAUGUUCUUCCAGCUCCUCACAUCGAUCACCACGCACGACAUCGAAUUUUGGUCCAGCACUAUCUCGCAUUAUCGCUCGUUGUUGAGGCUUCAGAGCCAUUCGUUCGAUAUGACGAGGUUGGCGUGCACGAGGAUGGAUUUGCUCGCUGCGAGCAUGGGUGUGGACCCUCCCGCUAGAGAAGGUGAAGGGAUGGGCGAAAUUGGAGCUGACGGAAGGACGGUGGUACUCAUGCCGGGCAGUGCGGAAGAGUGGAUUGCGAGGCAGGGGCAUGAGGGGAUGUUGCUUUGCUGAGGUUGUAGAGUUUCGUGGAGUUUCGUGGGCAAGAUGAGUUAGUGGAAAAGUUUUAUGAAAUACCGUCGUCGAGGUUUGAGAUGCGAGUUUUGCACGUUCGACCACAACACGCUGGUUUAACGGCGAAUUUAAAACGACUUCUUGCCAGAAAACACGUCGUGAGGUAAGAGAAAGAGCAAGACGAUUGUGGACGAUCGCGGCUGGGAAGCUGUAUGACUAUGCAUCAAAACGAUCUCCUAGUUCAAAUUUCGAGAGCUCGACGCGGUUUGACACAUCUGGCACUCACAAGUUCGUGGAGUAGUGGAUGCCUCUCAUUGUCAAAUCCAAAAUUUGUCGUCAUUUUGGCAUCACAAAAGGACUAGAGAAAAGCCAAGGUGACAGGAUAAAACUGAUGUGCUUUCAAAGAGUUAUAUGCAGGGAGAACAAGCGUUGUACCAAUAGUUUGGUCACCUCACAGUUGCUAGUUUUGCUUUCUUC